AUGGCUCCAGCUUCCGCCUCGCUCCUGCCCGCCGCCGGCGCCAAGCGCCCCUUCGCCGCCCCCGACGCUGCUGAGCAAGAGCAGCCACUCGCGCAGGAGAGCGCGGUGACCAAGAAGAACGGCGAGAGCCAGCAGCCGCCGAAGCUGGAGUGCCCGCGGUGCAGCUCCACCGACACCAAGUUCUGCUACUACAACAACUACAGCACGGCGCAGCCGCGCCACUACUGCCGCACCUGCCGCCGCUACUGGACGCAAGGCGGCACGCUGCGCAAGGUCCCCGUCGGUGGCGCCUGCCGCCGCGGCUCCGGCAGCAGCAGCAAGCGCCGCAGGUCCUCCGCCGAGCCCCACACGCCCUCCUCCGACUCGACGCCACCGCCGCAGCCAGACCUGCCAGACACGCUCCCCCAGCUCCCUGUCUUCCCGUUCCUCACCGACGGCGGCCCCGUCUUCCUGCCGCAGUUCGACCUCGGGCUCGGCGGGUUCCCGUGGACGGCAUCGUCAGUCACAGACAACCUUUACGACAGUCUCGCGCCGUGGGCUGCCUGCGACGGCGCGCUCGCCCCCACCGGCGCAUGGGAGGACUUCGGUGGCCUCGAGCUCACCUGGCCACCGCCACCACCCCCGGCGGCCGGCAACUGA